AUGGGCAAAAAGGCAAAAGACGAAAUGCGGCGGCAAAAGAAGCUUGCAGCUGUAGCACCUCGGGGAUCAUCCACCCCCCGCACUAUCGGAGGCAGAAGACAACAACGACAGCAUGCACAGAACCUCAAGGCUCGAGAAAUUGCGCAUCAGCAGGAACGUGAAAUGCUCUAUUUGGAAGCCAAGUUAAGUCAGCUUGACGCGGCGUCCAGGCUGAACGAGCUCAAUCUGAGGGACUUGAAAGCCAAGUUGAGCGAUCUCAAUGCUCCUCCUUCGACCCCGUCGACCCCGAAACCGAAACCGAAACCGAAACCCAAAGCAGUGCCAAAGCGAAUUCAAAUCACUGCCAAUCCAAUCGAACCCAAACGGGAGCAGCAACCAGUGGUGGAGGAGAAUCACAAUCCACCCACUCCAUCGCAAGGAGAAAAGUCAGUCUGCUAUUCCGUUGAUUCCAUUUCAAGUUAUAACCAGGACCAAGAACAAUACCAAGAGGUCCUGCGCUUGUCGACGAUCCGAUCUCAAGACGCAAAAUCGACAUCCAAAUCUAGCCACAGUCGGGAACUUUAUUCGUGUACGGAAGUUAGAGUGGUUCCGGUGACGCUCAGAGAACUCCAGAGUGACAGGCAAGUUGAAUCUACAUGUAAAUCAGAAGACAAGCGAGAUGAUGAAGAUGAAGAUGAAGAUGAAGAAGACCAAGAAGGAAAGCAGGAGCAUGGUGAUUGGUUGCACGAAUUCAAAGGCCAAAACCUGUUCUGUCUGAAUCCUCCCGAGGGGGAGGCGACGUCUUUUGUGGACAAGUGGAGGAAUCAAGCUGAUCAAUGUCGGCAACACUUUGAUCAAGACACGGACUACAAGUGGGACGCGCCGCGGGCAUCCCACUUCGGGUUCUACUUCAGCUAUAUGUGGAUCCUAUUGUCUGACAAAGACGACAGCUUCCAAGACAGGAUCACCGAGGAAGACCGUGAUUUCAUCAGGAAGGUCAGCAGAGACCAACAGCAGCCUAGUUUCUUCCGAGCGCAUGCACUGCUGCUCCGCGCACUCACCGACGGAAUCAAGAACAAUCUGCAAACCGCGGAGAACUUUGUUCGAGGUUCUAUCCUUAUCUGUAGUGCUGCUUUUGAUCAGGACAAGCAGAGGGUUAUCGUGCAACUUUCAGGUUCCGUUCACGUUAUUGGGAAUCUGUUGCACGAACUCGAACAAAAAUGCAAAGAGACCAUGCUUCGGGUUACCAAUCAGCGAGAGGACAUGGUGGCUGAAGUCGUGGAGGUCGAAAGCUUGGGUGAUGAGAACACUAGUGGCGAAAUUGUGAGUUGGGAUUGCAGUGCACAUGCGCCGCUGUUUCAAGUAUUGCUGGACCUGGGCAAAUAUUGCAGAAGUGGUAGUCAGUAG